GUUAGAAAUUCAGUGUUGUUUGUAAUCUUGCCCUGACUAGUGCUGUUAUUUAUAUAUUUGUUGAAUCUUCUUUGUGCUUGAGACAAUGUCGUUUAAUAACCAGAGUUCCGACAUGAUCCCAAUACAAGUUGAAUAUGCAGAAUAUAAACGGAAGAAAGAAUAUUUGAAGAGAAUAGUGAGACUCACGACAUCAAAGAUGCAGGAUGACGAAAGUGAUGUGGAGAGCGGCUCAAUGAGCUACAGAAUCCAUUACAAAAUCUACAUAGAGGCUCUGGAGCAAUUAUUAGGCAAGGAAGUAGUUGAGAGAAAAAUAAAAGAUAAGGAGGAAAGAGAAAAGAGAGAGAAAGAAGAAAAGAAAAUUGAAGAAAGAACCUGGACCGAAAAGUUAGCAAUUUUCAAAGCUAUGAACAGAGCUUCUUGCUAUAAGCAACUCUUGGAUCAAGUAAUUAUCGGACAAGAAAGUAUAAAAGAUGCAAAUUUGUUAAUGGCGAACCUCUGUAGCCAGGACAAACAAAGAAAUACACAUAGACAUUUAGAAUUCACUCCUACUGUACCAAAAAGAGCUUUGUAA